GAAUUAGCUUUAUAUAUGGAGUAAACAGAAGCUGAGCGGUAACAAAGUUCGAUAAGAGAUUACAAAAUGACUGACAACUGUGUUCUUACGUGAUAUUAAUACCAAUUAUUCAUUCUGACAAAUCGACAACAUGUUUGGAUUUAGGGAAAGAUGGAUUUUUAGUAUUGUGUGUUUUUUAUUUUGUGUUUUUCGAUAUUCAGCGUGUAAUGAAUAUUGUCGUGUUCGUAGCUCAGAAUGGAAUGCCAACGAAAACAUAAAAUUUACCUUAAUGUUUAGUAUGCGAAAGAACCUUCAGAAUAAAUGUGGGGCGAUUUCGAGUGAAUCUUUACAACAGUAUGUGGCUGUAAAAUAUGCUUUAGAAAAACUAAAUUCAGGGAAUGUAUCUUAUAUACCUGGCGUAAAGUUAGGUUUCCAGGUGUAUGAUGAUUGUAGAUCAGAGACCUUUGCUGCCAGAAAUGCCCUGGCCCUGGUUAAUCCAUACUUACCUGACCAAAUAACACAAUGUACAUCAAAUAAUACAACAUCAGCAUUAAAUAUAGGUAUCAUUGGUCCAAGUCGGAGUUCAACAACAGCCGUUACUGGUAAUUUAUUAAAAUUAACAGGUAUACCGAUCAUAUCACCCUCAGCUACACUAGCGACACUUAGUGAUAAAACACAAUAUCCAAAUAUACUUCGAACAGCAGCAUCCGAUACCAAUCAAGUUGAGGUAAUUGUGCAGACUUUGAAGAAAUUGGAUUGGUCAUACGCUGCCCUUGUCCAUACCGACGAUUCAUAUGGUGAAAAUGGUAUGGAAGCUAUCAAGAAACGAACCAAACAAGAGAAUAUAUGCAUCACAAAGACAAUCAAGAUUGAAUCAAAUACCAAAUUACACGAUGUUAUCGCUGAACUCAGACGAAUCACACAUAAUGCUAAAGACGAAAUUUUGGCUGUUAUAUAUUUUGGGCAGAAAGACCGCGCCGAAAACCUUCUGUUUAGUGUAAAUCAGGAUAAGAACAUAAAGAAGUUAUUGUUUAUUAUGUCGGAUGCCGUCGGUCGAAACGUUGAUGUUUUUCAGUCUAAAUCCGACAAUCUCGUCCAGGGAGCUCUGACCAUUUCUCCGUCCAGGACUCAACUUCCAGAUUUUACAACAUAUUACAACAACAAUCUCAAAAGAAAUACCAAUAUGGAGGACGAUCUUAUAUCACAGUACCUGAGCGAAAAAACACUGACUGAAAACCUAAAUAUCGUUAAGCAUAACGAUUAUGUGCCUUUAACUAUUGAUGCAGUGUAUGCUUUGAUAACCGCCUUGAAGAGAGCCCACACCGAAAAAUGUGGUGGAGAAGCAGGGGUGUGCGAAGAACUUAAAAAUGAUAUUAAAGGCCACACGUUUUUGGAAUACGUCCGUAAUACACGCGUGGAUUACACAUCAAUGGCGGCGAAUUUUGCCCCUGCAGUGUUCCAGCAAAAUAGACGCAGUUUUAAUUUUAAUGAGAAUGGUGAUGUGAUCAGAGGCAAUGGUACUUCUACUUACGUCAUUAAUUCGUUUGACACAUCCACAUCAGAGUCAAAGUUUAUUGAAGUUGGAGAGUUUCGUGGGGAUGUUUUAGAUUUGGACAAGUCAAGGAUUAUGAUGAAAACACCAAACGGCCAAGAUGUUACUGGUUCAAAUCUACUGAAAUCUGAAUGUAGUACAACCUGCCCAGAAUGUACAGAUACUUCUUUGCUUCCUAUGGUACAUAUUAAAGGCGAUGUCUACAUACUCGGUAUAUUCUCAUUACAUUCCGGUAACACCGAUGACAAACGUUUCGGUUGCUCUAGCUUUAGAAAUGUAUCAAGCGAUACCUUAUAUUUGGAAGGUUUCUUGCACGCAGUAGCAGACGCCAGGGCCAGAACGGGUAUUAAUUAUGGAGCCAUUGCAUUUGAUGACUGUUAUAAUCCAUUAAAAAUAAUAUCAACUCUCACGGCCUUUUUCAGUGACUUAAACAUCGCUGAUGAAAAGUUUAGCGAUGCCAUUCCUUGGAAUAAAGUUGCUUGCGUUAUUGGUCCCUUGUCUAGUGGAGUUACUAUCCCUGUGGCGAGGUUUUUCUCCAGAUUAAACAUACCCGUGGUUUCCUAUGCUUCGACGUCACCUGACCUGGAUGACAAAACGAACUUUCCGUACUUCUUGAGAACCGUUCCAAGUGAUGACGAACAGGCAGAGGCUAUGGUAGCUAUAAUAAAGAAUAGGGGGUGGGAAUACGUGGACGUUCUGUACGUGGCAAACAAUUAUGGUACAAAAGGCAAGGAUGCAUUUUUAAGAAUGGCAGCAAAUAGCAACGUCUGUACUGGCGAACCUUUCAAAAUAAAUGAGAUCUCCUCUGACGAUGUAGAAUUGUACAAUAUCAUAACAGAACUUCAUAAAGCGCAAGCUAAAGUUGUUGUGUUCUUUGGUAUAGAUACACGGUAUUCAGCUCUAAUGAAAGCUCUUAAUGCGAGGCAGGACUUGGGUGAUUUUGUAUUUAUUGUAAGUGAGGAAUGGGGUACCAAGAAUCAACUUUUGGAGGAUGGCGGAAAGGCAGGUCGGGGAACUAUUACAUUAAACCUAGCCUCACCCCAGCUUCCUGAUAGAGGCUUUACCGACUACGUGUUACAGAGGAAUUUAAAUAAUGCGCAAAACAACCCCUGGUUCACAGAGUUUUGGCAACAUCUCUUUGAAUGUAACGUAAAAGGAAGCUUCAAUAACGUCUUUUCUAAAGAAUGCGCACCAGACCUAAAACUGUCAGACAUAGUAUUACAGGGACACCUCAGAGACGAAAGAAUCGCGCAUGUAAGAAGUGCAGUGUACGCUGUUACUAGUGGUUUGCAAAAAGUAAAAGAUUCCAUAUGUAGGGACUAUACCUUCCCCUGCGAUUUCUACUAUAAUCCGAAAUAUACCCAGAGCGUUUUGACAUUUAUACGAGAUGCAGAAGUGGAAACUAAAUCAUUAUAUUCAUAUUUCAAAUUAUUUGAUCAAAAUGGAAAUGGUGCUAUUGGUUUCAAAAUUUUUAAUAUAAGACAAAAUGAAGGCGGACAAUAUUAUGAAGAGAUUGGUUCCUACACAAAAACUGGUCUUUCUUUAGAUAAAGAUAAACUCAGAUUCUAUACUGAACUGGGACAGGAGAUUGAAAACGUUGCUUCUAGUUGUGAAGGUAAUCGAUGUGAGAAGUGUGUCCGUUCUACAUCAAUUGCAGAUGUGACAGCUAAACCUGAUGGAUUAACUGGUAUAGAUGAUGGAACAUUUAGAAUAGCGGAUACUAUCAUUCUUGUUUUGGUUAUUGUCAUCAUCACCUUCCUUAUAAUUGUUAUUAUCGUCACUUGCUGUUUCUUUAAACGAAAAAUGGAGGGUCUGUCUAAGCAGAUGCAAGCUAUAGAAAAUCAACAUGUCUACGAGCCUGUUAGAUAUCAGAAUCGUCCGCCCUCAGAUCAAACACGAUUUACCCCCGGACAUGACAGGAUUCAAUUUGUUAACCCUAGAAUAAAUUCCCUAAAUAGUAUCAACAGCAUUGGGGUUAACAACCCAGGUUUUUUGAACGAUGAUCAUUAUCUUCAUGUCAAUGGUUCAAUUAUAUCUAACGGAUCGGUUCACGGUAUUCUGCCACCAAAACCUGAUGUCACUCAGCAUCAGUUAUUAAAUCAACUGAACAUAACUCCACAACAAUCUCAGCAUGGACAAACCAUUAAUACGCUUAGUUCUCCCUUGGCACAGUUCUACGGCAGUCAGUUGUACAUGGAUGAUCCUUUGGCAAAUGGUACACUUAUCGUUAAUGGGCAAAUGUCUAAUAAUCUGAACAGCCAAGGUAACAACAGAGCUUUUCAUCUACCCAUUCAAACACCCCACACACCAGCUUCAGCACAACAAUCACCAGAAGAAACUGUUCAGUACAGCGAUAUUGUUACUCCUCCAGAACCUAGUGAAAAUAUUCCCCUCUCCCCUCAGCAUCAUCAUAAUAGUACUUUAUCUUCUCCUGUACACAGUGACCGGGGUUCUCAGUCGCCUGGUACACCUUAUCAACCAACCCCAGGAACACCAACAUCACAACAGAUGUCACCUACGGGAAGUAUUCAUAGUAGCGUAACACCAUCAUAUGGGCAUAACGGAAUCCCGACGGCUUCCCGAACAGAAGCGGACACCCGCGAACUACUUGCUCAAAGAGCCCAUCCGAACUUUCCAGGCGUUUGUGGUACAGAUGCCGACCCCCUUGGAAUUUUUCGUCCAAGGGCACAUUCAAACAUUCCAACAGUUUCUCCUACAGAUGCGGAUCCUCAUGGUCUGUUGGGACAGCGAGCCGAACGAAUGCCCAAACCGCCACGACAAAACUUGCCACCAAACCUCCCGAAAAAAGUACCAGGACAGCUUGCCUCCAUAAAUAGAACUCCACACGAAACUGUUCAAAUGAAUGAUGUAAAAAGUCCAGUGCACUUUCGAAGACAGCCAAUGAAAACACCGUCUCCUCUGAUUGGCGGACGUGAUAUUAGACAACAACCUGUUAACACCAUAUCUGCUAACGUACCUGUUUACCCGAGACAACGCCAGUCAUCUGAUCAAACAGUUAAUCUUGAUUCGCCACAGUAUUCAGAGGAAGAACACUUUUCAGAAUCAUCAGAAAGCUCGAAUCACCGACAGGGCAGCAUGGAGGCUCGAAUCUCACGAGUUUAAACAUAGUAACUAUUAUUAGAAAAGUCAAAUAGACAUUAUUUGCGAACUCAGGUUGAUUUGAAGACAGUUAACGCCAUGUAAAGACUAAAGGGGGUUGGGUUUUUUCACAUUACAGAUCCAUUUGACAAUGAUAGUUAACUCGAAUGCGUCUUCUUGCCGACGUAGUACUUUAACGUACUUCAAGUAGGGUAGGGUAAAUAUCAAUAUAAGACAGAUUUGUCGUGGUUCCUUUUUGUGGUCAUAGAUGCCGGCAUAGUUUUGACAGAAGAACAUGUGCGUUGUGUGUAUAGCAAACCAUAUCAAUAUGUUUUCCACUAUUCCGGAUAGUAAUUAUCUAACCACCGUUAAUUCAUGGUUAUAUCAUAUCAGAGACUAAUAUAUAUACUUUUUUUUAAAUUCUGCUCAAGUUAACUAACUGCAUGUUAAGCACGGUAUCUUAAAGGGCAACCAAAACCUUCUACAUAAUAGACGAAAAGUGAGCAUUGUGAAUUCUAGAUCUAUUGGUACGAAUAGUGGGCUUGUUUACCCAGCUACUUCUGCCCUGUUGACUACUCGAAAAACUAAUGAACACAGGUAGUAGUUACAAUCAUCCAGGUCAUUAUUCUUAUUUGUCUUUAUUCAAAAAAACGUCAAAUUAGAAGAGAAUACUAUGCAGGGUGCUGUUUUAGUCUAUUCAUCAUGGCGGUCAUUGCAUUACAUGCAGCUAAAGUUGGAGGAAGAUUGAAGACUGUAUUUUAUAAAUACUUAACUAAUGUUAAAAUUGUUUUCAUGUCCAUUCCAAAUGACACAUUGAGGGCUAGUUUAAGUACCCAAUUAGGCCUACAUUGCAUUGCCUGUUUUUAAGGCAUUCGAUAUUAUAUAUCAAUUCCUUCUAUUCGUCAUAUUAAAGUUGUAAUUAGCCUUAUAACCACGAAAUUUAUAAUGUUAUUUAUCUAUCAUGUUAUUUUGAAUUGCAUAAUUGUUUAUAUUUUUUAAAUCAUAAUACAUGUAUAUUGUGUAGGUAGUUUUAUUGUUAUGUUUUCUUGUUUCUGUUAUCAUAUUGCUCAACUUUGGUUAAGGAUGCAUUAUGUGAAUUAAUACAUUGAAAAUGUCAAGUAAGCUAUUCCCGUUUGUAGAAUAGCAUGCUACCCCUGUCACGAUAAUAGGUACGAUAAUAAACAUAGCGUUGAUUAUCCAUUUUUAAAUUGAUUAUUAAAUGGCGAUCAUGUUUCAAUACGUUCAAAUGCACAACCAUCUGAUGAACUAGAGGGUUGAUUGUGGGCUUGUCAUGUGAAUAAUUUUUUAAUUAAUAACUUAUAUAACAUUUGAGGCCAAAAGAAAGAUCUGCAAUCAGCAGGCUUGAAUCUGAUAUAAUGCAUCUUUAAUAGUUUCUCCAUGACAAAAUAGUGUACAUAUUCAUUGUUAUAUAUUCAUUUUGUUAUUAUAGUUUGCCAAGUAUAAAUAUUUCUAUUUUCAUAAAAAAUACAUUAUCAAUGAGAUUAUUUGAUUCCUCCUAUACAAAGGUAGCUUGGGGAACUGUUCAAACCUUAUAUUUUCGAAAAUUUGAUAACACUGAUAAUUUAUCGGUCGUAUGGAAUUUCAAUAGGAUUCCUGGAGAAACCAGACAUUUCAUUUGAUGAUAACUUGUCCAAGAGAGAUAUAAGAAUUUGAAUGUCAAUUUGUUUAUUAUGCUAUAUUAUCGCUAAACAUAAAAUAACACCCAAAUUUAUAAGUUUUAAAAUUUUCAGAUGGUCUGUAAAAUAAGGGGGAGAUAAGUGUUUUGCAGUUUAAAUGAUAAACAAUCUAGAUGUAAUUAAAAUUGUGUUUCAUUUAUGUACGCUAAAGAAGCUUUUUAAUCGCUAUAUUAAUAAAACUAUUAUGACUUUUCGUAUUAGGAAAUGUCCAUAAUGAUAUAUGCAACCACGAAACCGUCUUUUCCCGAUGUAGGCCUUACACCAUUCUAUUCUAUUAGUGCAUAAUGUCAUAUCCGUCCAUAAGACAUUUCAGACUAUAAUUAUUUUUUGAUAAAGAUUUUUUUCCUAUUUACAUGAAUCUAUGUGAUUAGAUAUAGACUUUAUAUUUUACCAUAAUAUGGGUUUUAUUUAAUUAUAUGAUUUAAUAGUAUUCAUUGCAGUCUCGCAUUGCAGCUCUGAUUAUUAUGUAGUAUUGAAAACAUGUUAGGUCUACAGUAUCAAUAACUGGAAAUACUAAUUAAUACCAUUGGUAGCAGUAAUCACAAUCUAAACUUUUUCACAAUAACUUGUGAAAAUAGAAAAUAGAAAGAAAACAGUGACUUUACUAUAAACGUUCAUUUAUAUGGAACUUAACAUUCCUAAACAUUGUUUGUCAUCCUUAUUCAAACAUUUUUAAUAAUUAUGUAUGUACAUAUUCCAGGUUUUGUACGGCGUUAUCACGGUGUCAUUCCUCACUGUCUUGUGUAUAGAUUUGCAUGGUUUAUGAACCCUUUUAACAUUCAUUCCAUUUACAGUGUUCUGAUUCUUACCGUGAAACUUUUGUAAAACAAAGAUUUCAACCGAAAUCCGGCACAUCUGUGUCAAUAUUAUAUGUACAGGUUUUUGACCAUAGUCAUUAGUGAAUUUUUGAAAUUUGCCUGGCUUAAUUGUUAUUUUACAGAAUUACCCUUGCCUCGAACAGGGUUUUUGUUUUUGGGAGAAAGAUGUGACUGAGCUUUCUAUAUCUAUACUUGAAUGUAUUUUCAUAUAGAUCACUGCUAUAGAAUAUUUGAGAAUCUCUUUGGUUAUUAGCCUUAUUAUGAAAACCUUGUUUCUGUUUAAAUAAUUAGAUUAUACUAAAUCCUUAGCCGAAGAUAAAAUUUAAAAUACGUUAUUAUUGCACCCGAUAUUGGCUUUAAAUUUCUACUUUAUAUUUUGUAUAUACCAAAACACCAUAGAUUGUACAUAAUAUUAUCAUCUAAUAUUUUUUAUCAGAUUGUAGUCUUGUUAUAAAUAAUGAAAUUGUCUAAAACAAUAUAUACACAAAAAUAUUAUUUACUAAU